AUGGCGCAGCAACCAACCCGAACAAGAAAGAUGGCAAGCAACUCAGGGAACAGUAAAGUCCCUAACAGACAGUCAGAUAGAACUCUCAGAUAUAAAAGAAGAACAGUUAAAGAAUCUGAUUCCCCAACAGUUCCAAACCAAAAAACUUUAUACAUCCACCAAACAAAUGAAUAUAGCAAGACAGAAGCACAACAAAAUACUUCACCCAAAGAGAGUUGGGAUGAACAG